GAUGCGGAGAGAAAUAACUCAGCUACACAUACACACACACACACAUGCACACACACACACACUGCUCCACAACUGGCAAAAAAAAAAAAGAAAAAAGAAAAAAACGCAGACAUGGAUGACCCACUCACAAAAUGGCUCCACUUACACAGUAACAUCAACAACACGGCUGGAACGAAGUAGAGCACAGGUGAAAAUGAUGGAAAAACGGCAGCCGGAGCUGCGUCCUGGGAGUCCCGACGCAGAGUCCGGUCCAGGGAAGUGGGAGGACUCCUCCAUCAUCUGCAGACAGAACGGAUGCAAGAAAAAGGAGGACAAGGAGCCAAAGAGGAGGGAGCAGGACGGUGCGGAGGUGGAGGGCGAUGAGCAGGAGGCGGAGAAGAGGGGAGGGUGCUUCAAGGAGGUAGGAGAAGAGGCGGAUGAUGAUGGUGGCGGUGGUGAUGACGUUCCUCUGCAGAACUCGAGCAACGGGACCAGCAUCAGCAUCAUCAUCAAUGGCGUUGCCAAGGAAACUGCCUCUCACGACGCCCUUGACCUGAAAAGGGAAGUGCCGGUGAUCGAGCUUCACAGGAGGGACGCUAUAAAAGCACUGGAGCACAGGACUGACAACCAUUUGGUGCCGAUCACGGAACUUCGCAGACCUCCACCUCCACCUCCACCAGUCCCGCUGCAGCUGCCGCCGCCGCACCGAGACGACGCUCGAAUGGUCCAACUGAGUCCCAACGCGUUUCCUGUCCCGGCCCGGGCGAUGCUCUACAACCUGGCGCAGCCUCUCGCCGCCAUCAACAGUCUUGGAGGGGAGUCGGAGCAGUACAGCAUGUACCCCAGCAACAGGGUAAAGCGCCGCCCGGCGCCUUAUGAGAUUGAACUCGACGAGGGUAGGCGCAUUUUAGAUCUUUAUAAGUAUGCUGGCCAGCCGAAGAUUGUACGUCGAAUCUUCACCAACAGCCGUGAACGUUGGCGGCAACAGAAUGUAAAUGGAGCAUUUGCUGAGCUUCGCAAACUCAUCCCCACGCACCCUCCAGACAAGAAGCUGAGUAAGAAUGAGAUUCUCCGGCUGGCGAUGAAGUACAUCAGCUUUCUUUCUAACCUCCUUGAGGACCAAGAUGGUGGCAGGAAUGUUGGCAGCACAACAGACGGAGAAACGGGGCUGCUAGUUGGUGUUGGGCCCCAUGAAGGAGGCCCUCAGGAUGGAAAACGUCAGGACACUGUUGUGGGUCUGCCCAGGGAUGACAUUCUGGAGACAAUGUCCCCAGGGUCUAGCUGUGGAAGCCUGCCUGAUGGUGAUGCUGAAGGCAGCCCUGAGAGCUUUAUGGAGGACCAGGAUUCACCUCCAGCUGCAAGGACUUUAACGGCUUCUCGUGGGACUGCGCUACAUCUGUCCACUAGGGAUUUGAGGCGCAACGGUCGCCCUUUGGAUGGUUCUGGUCGUCGAUGAUGCUGAUGCCAACUUCCCACAUAUCGUGGGACUGAAAGAGGGCAGUAAACACGUCUAGAAAGAUUCCCGGAUCAGUCACCUUUGGGUUGUUGAAGGAGAGCACCACGUGGUGAGAUGGUGAUGUCCAAAAUGGACCAUGAAAAGCAUCUGAUGGCUCGGUUUGGUUGAUGUCCGAUGGAUUUAGAUCCUUGUAAAUUCUGCAUGUCUCAUGUCUUUGAUUAAACUGUGGGUUAUAAAUUUUCAUUUUGUUAAAUUCCAAAGCUCAAUACUCACAAAAACACAAGAAAGAAGUACAUAUAUUUACAGGGAAAACAUGCUUAUAGAAUACUGCAACAAAAAUGCUAAAUAAAUCUAAAUUUAUUCCUUAUAAUUUAAAUGUGUUGAUACUAUGCCACAAAAGUAACCUUGCCCCAGUUGGUCAGGUCAAAAAUAAAUGGACUGGAAUUUCCCCGCAGUUGUAAAUAAUUUCCUCUGCAUAAUAUAAUGCCAGUAACUCAAGUAUGAGUCAUAUGGAUUUCUGAUGUGUUUACUGACCAGACAGACUCUCCAGAGGAGGGAAUGAGAGAUGAUUGAAACUCCAGAUGUAAGUCAAGCACCUGAAUAGUAUACAGCAAACGUGGUACCAUUCAUUUCUUUUAACUUCUGGCAAUGGUAACAACAGUAAAUACAACAGCAGAGAGCAGGCGAACAAUGUCACUCCCUGGAAAGAAACGAGAUUGCUGCAGAGGUACAUGACAUGCAGUGUGUUGUCUCAAAGUGUACAAAGUGUGGGUCAACGCCAUCAUGAGCUGAUCCAUCUAAGUCUUUGAUAUGAAUGUCUCUUUCAGUGUGUUUUUAAACUGUAAUGCAAUUGUAGUUUAGUAAGGUACAGAAACGCACCCUUUCAUUGCCGCUUUUUACAUAUGCACAUAAAUAUACAUGUACACACACACACACACACACACACUCACACACAGUGUUAAUAUCAUACUGACACCAGCAGUUUUCUGACUAAAACAGUACAUUCUUGCCAACUGUUACAUGAUAUUCUGCUUUUUUCAGCAGGUCUUAGCAGCUUUUAUGGGUACCUUUAGUAACUAUUGGUAUUUUAUGGAUUGCAGUAAAAGGGACAUUGUACGUUUAAUGACAUAUUUGAUGUAAAAUAGUUGUAUCUAUAUAUAUAUCCGAUGUUAAUUCAAUGAAUUUUAUACAAAACCACUAAAUAAACAUGCUAAAGAAAA